AUGGACGACGCUCGCAAAGGCGAUGCCGCUCUCAGCGCAAGCAAGCCCGACGAAGCGAUUGAGCACUACACCAAGGCUCUUUCCGUCAACUCCACCGCCGUAAAAUACUACAUCGGUCGCGCUACAGCUUACCAGCGUACUUCCAAAUAUGCCGAAUCCCUCAGCGAUGCUGAACUCGCCGUCGUCCUUGCGAAGAAACGCGGCUCGCGCGAACUCAUCAAGGAUGCCCAAUUUCGACGCGCCGUCGCUUUGUUCCACCUUGGAAAAUACGCAGAUGCCGAAUUUCUGCUGAAGAUUGUGAAGGGACUUGACGAAAAAGACAAGAUGCUGCCCAUCUGGGAGUCCAAGGUUGCAACAAAAUUGAAGGAUGUUCCAGAAGACGAUGAGAAAAGGAGGGUCAACAUCAAGGAGACUCCGGAUGUUGAGAUGCCCAGCGCACCAGUGUCUACUGCCCCUCCCAAGGCUGAGGCGCCCGCUCCAGCUCCAGCCCAGGCCCCGAAGCCUGUUGCGCCGACCCCUAAAGACAAGAUCAAGACCGAUUGGUAUCAGUCACCCGACACCGUUACGCUUACCAUCAUGGCUAAAGGCGCACCAAAAGAUAAGGUGAGCGUCGAAUUCGAGGAAAGAGCUGUGUCGGUCUCGUUCCCUGUCGUCGACUCGUCAGAAUACAGCUAUAAUGCGGACCCUCUCUACGAAAAGAUCGACCCCUCACAAUCCAAGUACCGAAUCACACCCACCAAGAUAGAGAUAACAAUGCGGAAGGCGACCACAGGUAUGAAGUGGCAUGACCUUGAGCAUCCCGAUGGCAACAUUACCAUUACUCAAGCGCCCGAUGCUUCCCUUCCUGUUCGUAUGAGCAAAGACACAGCCCCCGCGUACCCAACGUCCUCCAAGUCCGGUGCGAAGAACUGGGAUAAGGUCGUAGUGAAUGAUCUGGACGACAAGGACGAAAUCGAAGGCGACGAGACGUCACACUUCUUCAAGCAGCUAUACAGCGGCGCUACACCUGAGCAGCAGCGCGCCAUGAUGAAGAGCUACCAGGAGAGCGGCGGCACAGUAUUGAGCACCGACUGGAGCAACGUUGGCAACAAGACUGUGGUACCCGAACCACCUGAGGGCAUGGAGGCGAAGAAAUAUUCAGGAUAA